AUGCUCUCGAACACUUUAAAUGACCGGUAUAACGAUGAAAAGCUACGGACCAAUCUUUUCCGCGGCCUCUCGCGGGUUAUACUCACGCUCUCUCGCAUUCCCUUACCCAAGAUCGGAUCGUUUACCGUGGAUGACCGUGGCUUUUUACAACUUACAAAUCGACCUCUGACAAUGCAAGUGCAUGAACUUGAGAACGAGUGUAUCCCUGUGAAUACUGUAAGACAUCAUACAUACUCUUCGGUCGACUCGUACGUGAACGGUCUCCUUUCGAAUCACGACAUCAACCUCCGCUACCAACCAAAUGCAGUGAACGACAAGUACGAUUGUUUAAGUCAAAUGUCGGCUCUAGUUAUUAUGCGGUCCUUAGCUCCUCAGUUCUUCGAUCACAACCUCAAUACUGGCCCAUUCGUAUUUUGCCUGACUGAUCUACAUGCAAGCAAUAUUAUAGUGGACAACUCCUGGAAUAUUCGCUGUCUCAUUGACCUAGAAUGGGCAUCCUCGCUUCCCCUUGAGUUUCUGCGAACUCCGCCCUGGCUGACGAGGCAAGCAGUCGACGUGAUUGAUACCGAGGCUUACAAUGUCCGCCGCGUGGAAUUUAUGAAGAUAUUUGAAGACGAGGAGGCCAAGUUGUAUCCGGCUAGGAGCCCGCCCUACUCGACUGUCAUGAAUCGUGGCUGGCACAACGGGACCUUUUGGUAUACCCUUGCCAUGGAAAAUAUAACCGGUCUCAAUUCGCUCUUCUACAAGAGGAUCCAGCCAAUGUAUUCAGGAAGUCAUUUGAAAGAUGGCCACUUUUAUCUCAUCACGCACUUGUAUUGGUCGCAAAAGGUUGGAGAGUUUAUCGAUGAAAGGGUUGAGGCCAAGAAGAAGUAUGACCAAGAUCUCGAAAAUGCAUUCAGAGCACACUGA